GAGAGAGGGAGAGAGAGGGGGAGAAAGAGCGAGAGAGAGGGGUGGGAUUAGGCUCGUGCUGCAGGUUACACGGGAUUACGGCUCGCGGAGUAUUUCCCUGAGUUGCUCGCUCUGCUAUGGAAAUCUCUGCACGGCAUUUCUCUGCCUGAACUGAUUUAACACCUUUGAUUCUGGGGAUAAACAAACUGUAUGGAAACAUGGCCGACAUCCCUCAACUCGUCAAAAUUGGGAUUAAUAUGAAGAUGCUCCCUAACAACACGGCGGUGCACUUCAAAUCCGACGGUGCCCGGUUCGGACAGACCCGGACCAUCAAGCUGCUAACCGGAUCCAAAUACAAGAUCGAAGUGGUCGUUAAACCAGGAGCGGUCCAGGCCACCUCGAUGAGUAUCGGUGCGGUGACCUUCCCUCUGGAGCAACAGUCUAAAGACCCCCAGUCCGUCGUCUAUAGCGGCCAGUACGACACAGAAGGGGUGACACAUACUAAGAGUGGAGAGAGGCAACCAGUUCAGAUAAACAUACAGUUUACACCCUAG